AUGAUUAUAACCGAAAGAAGAAAGCCGAAAAAAAGGAAGAAAAAUUGGAUCGAAGUUCAAUACUUCUUCAAACGAAAUGGUGGAAGAAAAGAACUGCUGAGAUACGAAGUUGACGAGUACGCGGCUUCUCUUGGUGUCAGAAUCGUAAGGCUUCCACCUUACCACUGUCAGUUCUCACCAAUCGAACUUGUUUGGCAUCAGUUGAAAGACUAUCUACGCAACAGUGGAAAGACAUCGGACAAACUCGAUGUAGUUCGUGAACGUGCAAUCAACUACCUGAAGAACAAGUCGGAGUCGGAGAUUCUUUUCACUUACGAGCACGUAAAAGAUAUCGAAGAUGGCAUUAAGUGCGUGAUGGAAAUCGACGAAAAGGAUUCGGAUGAUUCCGAUUCCGAUACCGACUAA